GUAAAGAUUAAGAGGAUGACCAGUAAGGAUGUGCUUACACAGUGGCUGAAGCUUAUCCUUCGGCGUCUCUCCCACUAGGAGUCUACAGAACCUCGUCCCCCACACACACAAACACACAGUCACGAGCAGGACAGGAGGAGCACUCCCAUCUCCCACCCCACACAGUUCCACACUUUUACUCCGCCCAUCUUCCCAGAGACACUGAAAUCUUCCAGCACCUUCCACAGUCACCUACCACAGGCUUUGAGCAGGGUAGACAGCAUUGGAACCAACAGAGCGGCUAACGACUAGCUAUUUGGUCUAUUAGCCAGACGGACUGCACACGGUUCCGAAACUCUGCCUUGAUCUAGGGGCACCAACUGCACCUGCUGACCCCUGGGAAUCUGUCCUUCUGGUGACUCCACCUCUCUGACCUCAUCCUUACUUGGGAGUCAGGCUCAAGAUACAUAAAUGGGGUACACUGUAUACACCCCUAAACUCUAAUUUAAAAAAAACUCACAGCAAGGUGGAUACAUUUAUCAGGAACACUUGCAUUUACCCAGGAUUCUCCUCUCUCACCCUCUUAUUGGAGACCUCUUCUUAACUUUGGGUGGAUGGAGGAUUACUGCUCCCAGAUCUCCAUACCUUCCUCAUCCUCCAGUGGGUCCUCAGGGAACAACGGCUCAGAUGUCACCCGUGGAGAGCAGAGCCCUGCCCCUGGUAAAUCACUCGGCCCCGCCCUGCUGUGUAAGGUGUGCGGGGACAGCAGCAGCGGUAAGCAUUACGGGAUCUAUGCGUGUAACGGUUGCAGCGGCUUCUUCAAGCGGAGUGUGCGGAGGAGGCUCAUCUACAGGUGCCAGGCUAGCAUGGGUAUGUGUCCCGUGGACAAAGCACACAGGAACCAGUGCCAAGCCUGCCGACUGAAGAAGUGCCUCCAGGCUGGCAUGAACAAGGAUGCGGUGCAGAAUGAGCGGCAGCCUCGCAGUACAGCGCAGGUGAGGUUGGACUCGAUUGACCUGGAUGCCAAGCAGCAACACCUGGCCACCACAUGGGAGCCAACCCCACCUUCCUCCUCCACCUCCUCCUCCUCCUGCUCCUUCUCUGACGCCACCAGGCCUCACAUUACCUCGUCCAUCUCCUCCUCCAUCACCUCCUCCACCCCCUUGCCGCAGUGUGCCGCACCUCAGAACAACCACCGCUUCAUGGCCAGCCUGAUGACUGCAGAGACGUGUGCCAAACUGGAGCCGGAGGAUGCGGAUGAGAACAUCGACGUGACGAGCGGCGAGCCAGAGAGGACGCCCUCGGACUGCCGGAUGUCGCUCUGGCCUUCCGGGAGCCAGGAGAACGUGUACGAGACCUCUGCUCGCCUGCUUUUCAUGUCCGUCAAAUGGGCCAAGAACCUGCCCAUCUUCUCUAACCUGCCCUUCCGAGACCAGGUGAUCCUAUUGGAGGAAGCCUGGAGUGAGCUCUUCCUGCUGUGUGCGGUGCAGUGGUCCAUGCCCCUGGAGAGCUGCCCUCUGCUGUCCCUACCUGACCUGUCCCCAACCUCACAUAGCAAGGCCAGCACCUCCACUGCUCAGCUGCGCCUCCUGCAGGAAGUUUUUGGCCGCUUCAGGGCCUUGUCCAUCGACCCCACUGAGUUCGCCUGCCUGAAGGGCAUCAUCCUGUUCAAGCCAGAGGCCCGUGGCUUGAAGGAUCCAGAACAGGUCGAAAACUUGCAGGAUCAGUCUCAGCUGAUGCUGGAUCAGCACGUCCACGCACAAUAUCCUGGUCAGCCUGCCAGGUUUGGGAAACUCCUGCUGCUUCUUCCUUCCCUGCGCUUUGUGGCAUCGGAACAAAUCGAGCUCCUCUUCUUCCACACCACCAUUGGCAACACGCCCAUGGAGAAGCUGCUCUGUGACAUGUUCAAGAACUAGUCCGAGUCAGACUGGCUCGACAUGAGAGUAAUUAACGGCAUUUUCUGUCCUUAGAAGCUUUAUUGUACUUAUGUUUUGGUAAAAAAGCUUUUCUAAUAAACAUGUUUUUCCACUUUC